CGAACAGAGGACGAAGCAAAACAGUUAACAGAGAGUUAAACCCUACGACCCAAAAACAAAAGAGAAGAAGACAGACAAAAUAUCGUUUGGGUUUCUCGGGCUCUUCUUCUCCCUAAGCAGAAAAUGACGGAUUCAGGGCAUGAGAUCGGAAUCAGAUGCCAUCAUUGCGCAGGCCCUCUUACGAAAAAUUUGGAAACCAGUGAGUGGACUGUGGCUCCGUUCAUCAGGGAUAGCUUUUCUAUGAUUGGAUCAGCUGUUGGUGGUACUGCAAGUGCAUUCAUUGGAUUUAACCAUGUGAUGCCAAUUGUACGCAAGUGGAUAAAAGGGCCCAUGUGGUUACAUUUUCUUGUUGGAGCACCGCCUGUUAUAGUUCUUUCAUCAGCAUGUGCUGGACUAGCAGGUGGCACUGUACCAGCACUGGCACAGCUUGCUUCAUCUUCAUACCGAGCAGCAGUCCAUUCGUCUCAGCCACCGCAGCCACAAGAGAAUAACAAAAUGCACAAAUCUACAACAUCUCCUCUGUGAAACACACACUGCAGCUUUCACUUUUGUUCAUUUUCCUUUCUUCUCUUUGUAUGACCAUCUUUUAUUUAAGAGAUAGGUUCUUGAUGUAAAUGCUUCUUAUUUUAUGCAACUCUCUAGUGCUAAAGAAAUCUUAAUCCCGUGCCAAUGGCUUGAUUGUUUUGGUAUUUCAGCGUCUAUGGAAUGAAAUAUAGA